UAAACAUCCGCAUUGUUUUCCCCGGUAGCGCCCGCUGGUUUCCUAAGUGCCCAUCGGAAACAUUUCCGUCUGCCCCGUAACUCGCGGACUUUAAAGAGCCUGGAAAAUGUACAGCCUCAACACCCUCCGUUUCUACCUUUGGGAAACCAUUGUGUUCUUCAGCCUGGCCGCUUCCAAGGAGGCUGACGCAGCCCGCUCCGCACCCAAGCCUAUGUCACCAUCGGAUUUCCUGGAUAAGCUCAUGGGGAGGACUUCCGGAUACGAUGCCAGGAUCAGGCCCAACUUCAAAGGUCCUCCGGUGAAUGUGAGCUGCAACAUCUUCAUCAACAGCUUCGGCUCCAUUGCUGAGACAACCAUGGACUACAGAGUCAACAUCUUCCUGCGGCAGCAAUGGAACGACCCCCGCCUGGCCUACAACGAGUACCCCGACGACUCCCUGGACCUGGAUCCAUCCAUGUUGGAUUCCAUCUGGAAACCUGACCUGUUCUUUGCCAACGAGAAGGGGGCCCACUUCCAUGAGAUCACCACCGACAACAAGCUGUUGCGGAUCUCCCGGAAUGGCAACGUUCUCUACAGCAUCCGAAUCACCCUGACGUUGGCCUGCCCCAUGGACCUGAAGAAUUUCCCAAUGGAUGUCCAAACAUGUAUCAUGCAACUGGAAAGCUUUGGAUACACCAUGAAUGACCUCAUCUUUGAGUGGCAGGAACAGGGAGCUGUGCAGGUGGCAGAUGGAUUGACCCUGCCCCAGUUCAUCCUGAAGGAAGAGAAAGACCUAAGAUACUGCACCAAGCACUACAACACAGGUAAAUUCACCUGCAUCGAGGCCCGGUUCCACCUGGAGCGCCAGAUGGGCUACUACCUGAUCCAGAUGUACAUACCCAGCCUGCUCAUCGUCAUCCUGUCCUGGAUUUCCUUCUGGAUCAAUAUGGAUGCGGCACCAGCUCGUGUGGGUCUGGGCAUCACCACCGUGCUCACCAUGACCACACAGAGCUCUGGCUCGAGGGCGUCCCUGCCCAAGGUGUCCUAUGUGAAAGCCAUUGACAUUUGGAUGGCAGUUUGCCUGCUCUUCGUGUUCUCGGCCCUGUUGGAAUAUGCUGCGGUCAACUUUGUGUCUCGGCAGCACAAGGAGCUGCUGCGAUUUAGAAGGAAGCGGCGACACCACAAGGAGGACGAACCUGGAGAAGGCCGCUUCAACUUCUCUGCCUACGGCAUGGGCCCAGCCUGCCUGCAGGCCAAGGAUGGCAUCUCAGUCAAGGGCGCCAACAACAACAACACUACCAACCCUCCCCCGGCGCCAUCCAAGUCCCCAGAGGAGAUGCGGAAACUCUUCAUCCAGAGAGCCAAGAAGAUCGAUAAGAUCUCACGCAUCGGCUUCCCCAUGGCUUUCCUCAUCUUCAACAUGUUCUACUGGAUUAUCUACAAGAUCGUCCGCAGGGAGGAUGUCCACAACCAGUGAAGGCGGGGGCGGGGUGGGGCGGGGCGGGGAGAGAGAGGGGAAGAAGGCUGAGAACCCGGGAGGAGCCAGGGGAGGAGGGAGACAG